GAAGAAACAGAAUAGAUUCCUUAGCACACAAGUCUCAGAGAAAAGAAACAGGUAAAGGCCUGUGAUAUGAAAACUACAUGCAUCACAACCUUGUUUUGGCCCCUCUCUAUGCUAUUAUUAUCAGAUGAAAGCCAGUCUUCUAAACCAGAAGUCAAAUGUAAUUUCACUGAAAAGAAUUACUCUUUGAUUCCAGCAGAUAUCAAUAAAAAUGUUACUAUACUUGAUCUCGGUUAUAACCAAAUUACUUUGAGUAUUACAGACACUAGGGUUCUACAAACAUAUUUUUUACUCACUGAACUCUAUUUGACUGAGAACAAUGUCAUUAUGUUAUAUAAUAAUGGCUUUAGUAACCUCUCCAAUCUAGAAAUUUUAAAUAUCUGUAGAAACUCCAUCCAUGUAAUUGAACAGGGUGCGUUCAUGGGCUUAAAUAAACUAAAACAAUUACAUCUUUGUCAAAACAAAAUAUUUCAACUGAAUCCUGAUGUAUUUGUACCUCUAAAAAACCUGAUACUUCUGAAUCUGCAAGGCAAUUUCAUUAGCUAUUUUGAUGUACCACAACUGUUUCAUCUGGAAUUAAUAAUUUUAUAUGGAAAUCCAUGGAACUGUUCUUGCAGUCUACUGAAUUUGCAGAACUGGCUGAACACAUCAAAUGUGACACUAGAAAAUGAGAACAUCACCACGUGCACCUACCCAGAUAUCCUGAAGUUCUACAGUAUCAAAACAGUGCCUUAUAAUGCUGAGUGCUACUCGAAAUUUCCUCCACCUAUAAAUGAAGAUCUUUAUAACCACUUUCAGUCCAUUAGCAACUCAACAUUUAAUAGCUCUUUGAACAACUUAAAAAAUUCAGAACGUAAACUUCUUGGAAAAAGCUGGGCUUUUCUGGUUGGUGUGGUGAUCACUGUACUGAUGACUUCAUUCCUCAUUUUUGCUGCUAUCAAAUGCCCAGUAUGGUAUAAUUUUCUGCUUAGUUACAAUCAUCAUCGCCUGGAAGAGCAUGAAGCAGAAACCUAUGAAGAUGGUUUUACUGGAAAUUCAAGUUCUCUUUCACAGGUCCCAGAUACAAACUCUGAAGAAACUAUAGUAAUAUUUGAAAAACUACAUUCAUUUGUGGUAGAUGACGAUGGGUUUAUUGAAGACAAAUAUAUAGAUACUCAUGAAUUACAUGAAGAAAAUUAAUUCCCUUAAAUGCUUGUUUUUUUAAUAAAUGUUAUCGGUUUACUCACAAUUUAGACAUAAAUGGAGAUUAGGCAUGUGAUAUACCAAACUGUGGCUAGUAGACUUUCCUAUUAAUUGCAACACACAGGAAUAUCAUAAAAUCAUGUUUUUCUCAUUGGUACUGAGCAAGUAGGUCCAAACAUAGUAAAUGGUAUCCUCUGGUAAGCUUACAGGGACAAUAUUAGCAUUACUAUUUUCAGUAGUAUUCAGGAGACCAUACAACCUAAUAAGGAAAAGACUUAUUAAAUUAUUUAUUAAAAUGAACUGAUUCUAAUAUUGGCCCACAUAUUUGAUAUAAUAUAUAUUAAGUUAUAAUAAACUUUUAUUGAGUAGAAUCAGUAAAAAAUAAAGUUUUUUUAAAGUCUGCCUCUCUCAAAUAAAUAA